ACUAGAUAAAACAUUAUUCGGCUGGCUCCUGCAAGGAAGUUCUUAAACUCUGCAGGAAGGAUUUGCAGCAGGAGAAGGCGAAAGCAGCAUUAUGCAAUGUGCAGCUUUUUAUAGCUUCUCUCUAAAAGCUAAAUGCAUUAAAAUUCAGCUAGUAGCACAGAAGCAGUCAUCGUUCUUCUAAAGGUUUCUCAUCUGCUUGCAGGCGCCAUUGAGAGGACUGUUAGAGGUCCUCAGCUGGGGAGUUGUCUUGACAGUUUGAGUCUGAGGAGACAUUAUGUACGGGCUGCUGUGUGAGAGUCUUCACGACUUCAUCAAGGAGUCGUACGGAGACGACGUGUGGAAGCUGGUCAGAGAGAGGGCAGAUGUCAGGCUGCACUCUUUUGUCACCCACCAGGUGUACAGCGAGAGUGUGAUUCCCCGCAUUGCAAAGGCAGCCAGCGGCGUGACAGGCACACCCUACAGUGAGCUGAUGAACUCCUGGGGGGUGUACUUUCUGGGAUUUGUUGGGAAGUACGGCUAUGACAGGAUUCUUAAGGUGUUGGGUCGUCAUGUACGUGACUUUGUCAAUGGACUUGACAACCUUCACGAGUACCUGCGAUUCAGCUACCCCAAGGUACAACCCCCAACCUUCUUCUGCCAGGAGGAGUCUGCCACUGGAGUCACCCUCCACUACAGGAGUAAGCGCAAAGGCUACUUGCACUACGCAAUGGGUCAGCUGAGGCAGAUGGGGAAGCAGUUCUAUGACACAGAUAUCCAUGUGGAGGUGCUGUCUGAGCAGAUGGUAGGAGACUACUCCCAUGUCACCAUGAGGCUGAACUUUGACAACUCAGCCUACCGUUACAUCAUGAAGGAAGAUGAGGAAGAGCAGGAGAUUCUUCCCAUUACUUCAGACUUUUUCUUUGAGGUCUUCCCCUUUAACAUUGUCUUCAGAAAGGACAUGGUAGUGCAUAACGUGGGCUCUGGCUUGGCGACCGUCUUCCCUGAUCUGGAUGGGAAAAAGAUCAAUGACGCCUUCCUGUUGGCUCGCCCACUAGUGGAAUUCACCUGGAACAUGAUCAUCUCUCACCCCAAUAACCUGUUUGAGAUCAUGUCCAAGGAGCCGGUGAAGAGAGAGAGGAACCUCCACAACCGGGUCCAGAAUUCUGACUAUGAAAAUGCAAAUCGCUCCGCUGACGUUGAUGUUGAACUCAUGGCAUUCCAGUCCAUCAUUGGAGAUGAUUACAAAGACGGGAACAGUGCAAAUGCUAUGGAGAGCUGGGGCGAUGGGAGUCGCUGCCUGAAACUAAAAGGACAGAUGAGAUACAUGGCAGAGUGGGAGUCCAUUAUCUUCCUGGGAACCCCUGUGAUGGAGAGUCUGAGCGCUAUGUUUAAGACAGGCCUGUACAUUAAUGACCUGAGCAUGCACGACUCCAGCAGAGACCUGGUGCUGGCAGGCACGCAGCAGUCUGAGGAGCUGAAGAGGGCGCUCAUACAGGAGCAGAAGAAGUCUAGCAAGCUGGAGGAGAGCAUGAAGAUGUUGGACUAUGAGAUGAAGAAGACUGAUGACCUUUUGUACAGGAUGAUUCCAAAGCCAGUUGCAAAAAGGCUGCGUAAAGGAGAACCUUCUGUCAAUACCUGUGAGGUGUUCCCAGAUGUGACCAUUCUUUUCAGUGAUGUUGUGGGAUUCACGCGCAUCUGCAGCCACAUAACUCCACUGCAAGUGGUUUCCAUGCUCAACACCAUGUACACUCUGUUUGACACACUCAGUGAAAAGCAUCGAGUCUUCAAGGUGGAAACCAUUGGAGACGCCUAUAUGGUGGUGGCCGGGGCACCAGAGAAGACCAAGUUCCAUGCCCAUAACAUCUGUGACAUGGCUUUGGACAUGGUGCGCUCUAUUGAUCACCUGAAAGACCCCUCCAAUGGCAAUAACAUACAGAUUCGCGUAGGUAUCCACUCUGGGAUGGUUGUUGCAGGCGUAGUCGGCCAUAAGAUGCCACGUUACGGUCUGCACGGUGACACGGUGCACACUGCAUCUGCCAUGGAGAGCAAUGGCAAGGAGAUGCACAUCCAGCUCAGCAGUGCCACCUACGAGCACCUGAAAGGAAGUCACUUCAUUUUUGAAAGGAGGGGUGUCAUCACUAUUAAGGGCAAUGUGGAAAUUGAGACGUACUGGCUGAAGGGCAAGAGGGACAAGGAUGGGAAUGCUCAGGCUGCGUGCCCACAGUUUGAGACCCAGACCAUCAGUAAGGCCACCAUCCCAGGACCUGAGGGCACAGGGGAGGAGACAGGACUGGUUUUCCCACUGGAGGCCAGGGAGAAUGAAGAUGAGUUGAAAUGUAUUCACUCCAAUCGUAUCAGAAUGGCAAUUUCUGGCCAUUUCCUGGAGGAGUCCGUGGAGGGGUCUCAGGCAGAGGAGUCUCGGGUGGAGAUGUCUGUUCAAAAGUCCCACUAUAAUGAUUCUCUGCAGGACGGAACUGAGGACUCUCACCUGGAAGUGGACUCACCUGUGUCUGACUGCCGAGACUCCAGGACAGAUUCCCGUCACAGCUCUUGUGACUCUCACAGUUCAAAGAGUAACAUGUGCUCCUUGUCCUGAUUCAUGUCAGGGUGGUGGUGCCCAUUUAGGUGCUCGCUGAUAGUCUGGUAAUUCUGCCUAGAAUUUCUAAACCCUUUGAAAUGCAAGCCAAUGAAUAUUCCUGACAUAAGUGUUUUUGCAGAGAGUGUUUCCUGUUGAGUCUUGAAAUUAGAGAUCACAUCUUGCUGCUUUUGCGCCUUCUAAGUGUGAUAUUCUUAAUAGAACAUCACGGUAGAAAACUUGACAUUUUCAUUGACCUUGUGUGAUAUUUCAUUGUGCACCUUAAAGGUGUACACCCAUUUGAUCUCACACUAAAUUUAUUUUAGGUUGAAUACACAAAUUACAGCUAUUUUUACUGCUAGGGGUUUGUUUUGGGGAGAAUCCAUGCCAAAUAUUGUUACUUUGCCCUGUGAGAUUUUUCAGUCAGUGUGAACAAGGAAGCCCACGUGAAAGCCAAGGCUUAAAGAUCACGCUGCAUUCCAUGGAAACUGGGAUUUCAGAUUUUCAGAUUUAUACCAAGAAAAAAAAUUCAUUCAAUAAAAUAAAAUUAUAAAAAUGUUUGUCUUCCCACACACUCAUUUUGGUAACACAAUUAAAACUGCUGUCAUUUUAACUGAUGCUGGUAUUGAUAACUGACACAGGAGACCCAUG